AUGGCCCGCGAUGCAGUGCUCACGGACAGAGCCGUCAAGCUGCUGAUCAGGCAACGCGGCAGCGCACGCCGCACCGUCGACCGCGGCGUGGAGAUCUCGCCGCUCAAGCGCCUGCGCGCGUCCCACUCGCGCCCGCCGGCCGCGUCGCCAGGACCGCCGAACCUCGACAACCUCUCGCCCGCCGCGGCCGCCGGAUCCGAGCCCCAUUGGCUGCCGGAAACCCCAGGUCUCGAUGCGCCCUCGCUCCCCGCCGCAUCCAAGCUGCAGGAGUCGCAGCAAGCCCCAGAAACACCGGGUCUCGGACCCGCGCCCUUCGAUGCGUCUCCCGCGCCCUUCGAGGCCUCUCCGGUGCACUUCGACGCGUCCCCCGCGCCCUUCGACCCCCCCGGCCAGCCUGGUGUCGGCUCCCCCCGCCGCUCCCCCCUGCCGCUCCCCGCCUACGACUUCUCAGACGUCCCCGUCGCGCGCCUGUCGUCGUCCGUCACCUCCAUCACCUCCAUCGACGUGCUGGUCGCGCUCUUCCACGCUCUCUUCGAAGACCAACUCAUCCCCCAAUCCUACGCCAACUUCGAAACCGCCUCCUCGGGCCCUGAAAAGCUCAUGUACAAACUCGACAUCAAGGUCUUCUCCACGUUUCUGGAAAAAGUGCUGGCCGACCUCCGCGACAUCCUCGACAUCAACAUCUCCAACAAUGAGCUUUGCUUCCGCCUCAAGCAGGUCCUUCGCGCCAAGCACGACCUCACCGAGGCCCUCCUCCUGGUGCGCCAAGAAACCCACCAGCUUGAGAUGCGCGCCGACGACUCGCACGAUCUCGACGAUUUGCGUCGCAAACUCGCCCUCAACGAAAAACUCCACCAGUUGAGCCGCGACAUCGCGCUCCCACCCACAACGCCUGCCCUCUCGCCGCUGGGACCCGAAUUGGACGACUUCCUACACCUCAUGGAUCCUUACAACGGCGUGCUGGCCCGGCUCCAAGCGCUCAACCGUAAACUCGAGGAAAUGUUAUAA